UUCACGUAAUCAGCAGUCACAAGUUUACAAACCAUGUAUUUAACCAUGUAAACUCGAUGUUUUCGCCCGGGGUUUAUGUAGCUUCUCCAGUGGAAUGUGUCCUCCCGUUGACUCUCUUUGCCCAGAGUGAACGGGCACUGACGUUGUGAAAGAGAAAUCGCGAAAGCUGCGGCGAAUUUUGAGUUGAAGUUGAAGCAGUCGACAAGAUGGCCGCCCCCAGUGGGUUGCCAAACGGCGACCAUGCCAAUGAUAUUCACGAGAUGAUCAGGCAGCUGGAAAGUGGAUUGGUCGCCACCGUAUUCUUCAGCAAACGUAAGCCGGAGAGAAAAAUAUGUAGAGUGAAACUAGAGACCAAGCAACUGCUUUGGGUAAGAAACCAGAACUCCAGACCGGAGGGAGCAGUCAAUUUGAGAGAAGUUAAAGAUGUGCGACCUGGUCGUAACUCCAAAGAUUUUGACAAAUGGCCUGAUGAACUGAGAAGGACGGAGAAGGGCUGUGCUUUUGUGUUGUUUUAUGGGAAUGAUUUCAAGUUAAAGACUUUCUCACUUGUCGCCUCUACACCAGAUGAGUACACAAAAUGGCUGCGUGGCUUGGAUUUCUUGAGGAAGGAAACGGCUGCAGCAGCACAUCCAAUCAUUGUAGAGAGAUGGUUGCGAAGAGAGUUUUACCUGAUGGAAAAACAGAAUUGCAUAACUCUGAAAGAUGCCAAAGCAUGGAUGCCGCGACUGAACCUCAAAAUUUCCAACAGCCAACUGAGACUGAGAUUCCAGGAGGUAGACUCUGGAGGAAAAGGGGAAAUUGAAUUCUCAGAGUUUUCUAAACUGUAUGCCAAACUUGUAUAUGCACCAUCUGUGAUGAUAGAUUAUUUUGCCCUGUUCAUUGACCAAGCACACGAUGUGAUGAAAAUAAAGUUUGAAAAAUUUCAGCAUUUCCUUGCCCAAGAGCAAAAGGACUCCAAUGCAACUGAUGUGAACUAUGUGAAGAACAUCAUUAAUGAUUUCUUGGAGGAUGCCCUUAGAGCAGCACGAGGACUGUAUUUUACUGACGAGGAGUUUCAAGAUUACUUGUUUUCCAAACACAAUACAAUCUGGGAUUCUCAGCAUGACAAAGUCAGUCAGGAUAUGAACCAGCCACUGCCUCACUAUUGGAUAGCGUCCUCACACAACACGUAUCUGACAGGUGAUCAGUUCUCCAGCGAGUCCUCUGUUGAGGCCUAUACACGCUGUCUGAAGAUGGGAUGCAAAUGUUUGGAAUUGGACUGUUGGGAUGGCGCAGAUGGACUUCCAUACAUUUACCACGGUCACACGCUCACUUCAAAGAUAAAGUUCCUUGACGUGAUAAAAACUAUCAAGGAAUAUGCUUGGGUUCAGUCUGACUUCCCGCUGAUCCUUUCCAUUGAGAACCACUGCAGCUUACCACAGCAGCGGAGAAUGGCCACAGCUUUCUUAGAGGUCUUUGGAGAUGAGUUGUUGACUGAGCCUUUGAGUAAAGAUGCUACAUUUCUGCCAUCUCCUAUCCAACUAAAGAAGAAAAUUCUUCUGAAGCACAAGAAACUGAAGGAAGGAGAAGACCAAUGGAGGACGGCUUCUAUCAGUGAUGAUUCAGCAGGGGCUGACCUUGCUGACCUCAGCAACUCAGUGAGAAAUGGUAUUCUGUACUUGGAGGAUCCAGUGGACAGGGGGUGGCACCCUCACUUCUUCUUGUUGACGUCAACCAAACUUUACUACACUGAGCAGAGAUCUGACCAGGAACAGGAUGAGGACGCAGAGGAUGAAGAAAACAGUUUGCCACAAGAGGGUCAACCAAAUGAUGAGCUCCACUUCAGUGAACAGUGGUUUCAUGGUCGCUUAGAAGGGGGUAGAAGACGAGCGGAGGAACUACUACAACAGUACAGUCAUCUGGGAGACGGGACAUUCCUAGUGCGAGAGAGUGAGACGUUUGUCGGGGAUUUCUCCCUGUCCUUCUGGCGACAAAACAAGGCUAACCACUGCAGGAUAAAGUCCCGUCAGGAGCAUGGCCAAACCAAGUAUUUCCUCAUCGACCCGGUGACCUUCGACAGCUUGUACAGCCUGAUCACGCACUACAGGAAUACACCGCUGCGAGGGACUGACUUCAGCAUGACUCUCAAGGAACCUGUUCCCCAACCCCAAAGUCACGAGGGCAAAGAGUGGUAUCAUGAGAGCUUGACACGAUUAGAAGCAGAGGACAUGCUCAGUCGAAUUCCUCACAACGGAGCGUUCCUGGUGCGUAAGAGCCGGCGUAGUUCCACACGAGCAGACCCUGACAUUGGCAGGUUUGCCAUAUCAAUGAGGGCUGAGGGAAAGAUAAAGCACUGCCGUAUCAAACAGGAGGGCCGCCUAUUCAUGAUCGGCACCGCUCACUUCGAGAGCCUGGUGGAGUUAGUCCAGUACUACGAGCGACACCCGCUCUAUUACAAGAUGAAGCUGAAGUACCCGGUAAAUGAAGCCCUAGUCAGGAGAGUUGGCAUGCCCCCGGAUAAGGGUGCCAUAUAUGGAUCACCUGACCUCUACAUGAACCCUAAUGACUUUCAGUCCAAGCAGAUCCGUGUGAAAGCCCUGCAUGAUUACCAUGCCAACCGGGAGGAUGAGCUGUCAUUCAGGAAGGGAGCUGUGAUUACAAAUGUUCACAAACAAGAUGGAGGAUGGUGGCGAGGAGAUUACAGUGACAAGAAGCAGAACUGGUUCCCAUCAAACUACGUAGAGGAGAUAGAAAACCAAGAUGACACCUCCGAAUCUGCCCCACUCGGCUCACUUCAGAAAGGAUCCAUUGAUGUCCGCAAGUGCAUCCUGGAGCGCUCUCAAGGGCCUGGGUUUAGGAGGUUUGCGUUUAAGAUUUUCUCUCAGACCCAGGCCCAGCCGCUGGAGAUUGCGGCGGACUCUGAGGAGAAGUUACAGGACUGGAUGGCCCAAAUACAAGAGUGUGCUGAAGUGGCAGAACAAGUGGCCAAGAGGCUGCGGACAAAAGAGAAGUCUAGGAACAUUGCCCGCGAGUUCUCUGAUCUCAUUGUGUACUGUCAAGCUGUGCAGUUCAUCCCUGACAGUUUGCCGGGACAGUACUACGAGAUGUCAUCCUUCCCGGAAACCAAAGUGGAAAAAUAUGUCACAAAGACUAAGGGAAAGUUCUUUGCAAAAUAUAACCGUAGUCAGUUAAGUCGUGUUUACCCAAAAGGACAGCGGGUGGAUUCGUCCAAUUAUGAUCCUUUGAACAUUUGGAACUGCGGUUCCCAGAUGGUCUCCCUCAACUAUCAGACAGGGGAUCGCCCUAUGCAGAUGAAUAUGGGAAGGUUUCUGCGUAAUGGCAGGUGUGGUUAUGUUCUCCAGCCCGACUGUAUGAGGAGUGAAAACUACGAUCCUUUUGACAAACGGACAUUGGUGGGUGUUGAGCCCCUGACAGCCUCCAUCAUUGUGAUUGGGGCACGCCAUUUGGUGAAGUCUGGACGGGGAAUUGCCAGUCCCUUUGUUGAAAUAGAAAUAGCAGGUGCUGAGUACGACAAUAACAAGUUCAAGACUUCUACGAGAGCUGAUAAUGGCCUGAACCCGGUAUGGAAUGAACCGUGUGUCUUUGAUAUCCUCUGCCCUCCGCUAGCUCUCAUUCGCUUCACCGUCCAGGAUGAGGACAUAUUCGGCGACCCUAACUUCCUUGGCCAGGCCACCUUCCCUAUUGAAUGUUUACGCACAGGAUAUCGUAGUGUUCCUUUAUUGAAUGAAUACAGUGAGCCGUUGGAACUAUCCUCCCUUCUAGUUCAUAUUGACAUCCGCAAUCCAAAGGAGAGUGAGGACAGCGAGAUAUAUGCAUCCAUCCAGCAGCUGAGGGACGAGUCUGAGGAUCUAGCGCAUCAGCUGGAGGAGAUGGAGAUGGGCGGCGAUGUUGAAGACGCCUCUCACGUCCGCCAGAGACUUCAGGCCACCGAGGAGAGAUUGCUACAGAAGAAUGAGGAGCGCAAAAACAAAAAGAGCUUUCAGCGUCAACAGGUUGUUUACAGACGGGCCAGCAACAACUGAGGUUUUGAAGGUCAAGCGUGGGUAUUGUAUGAACAAUAUCAGUUGUACAUGUGACUGACAUCAUUAAAGAGUACUCCCCAAGGUUUAACAGGGGACUUUGUCUGGAUGGGAAUAUAGCUGUGAGCUGGGGUUAAGCUGUGGGUCAAUCUCCAGAAGAGGAAUCGGUUUGGGUCAAGUAUCCCAUAGCAAGUUAUGCUGCUGUGGGUCUGUACCCAGAUGAAGAAUUAGCUUAGGCCCAGUUUGGGGAUUGGUCCAGAUUGUACAUAUGUGUGCACACAGCUAUGGACCAGUGUAGGGAUGAACAGGACUGUGGGCAGAGUAUGCAGGUGGCUAUGUGUCAGUAUCUGGAUUGGCACAAGGGUGUAGGCAAUUAUCCAAAUGGUAACAUGGUUGUGGACCAGUAUCCAGAUUGGCAUAGAGCUGUGGGCAAGUAUCCAGAUGGGAACAUGGCCAGGUUGGUAUCCAGGUUGGCACAUAGCUGUGGGCCAGUAUCGGGAUGGCACAGAGUUUUGAACCAAUAUCCAGAUGGGACAUAGCCAUGGGUGACAGAUAUGGACUCAAGCCUGUCAUGCUUGUGAGACAGUCUCCCGUCCAAAAGACAUGGAGGAAUAUCCAGAGCUAUAUAUGUACAUGUAUAGACAAGUAUUUGGAUAGGGACAAAGCUGUGGGUCAGCAUCCAGAUUUGGACAGUGCGGUGGGGCCAAUGAAGGCAAAACUGUCAUCCUGCAAGUGGAAAAUUCUUGAGUAUGAAGAAUCAUGAAGAAAACAACAAUCAAAUAAAUAAACAAAUGGAUCUAGUCCUGUACUGGCACUGAUUAUUCAGCUGUAAUCAUAAUAAAAUCUCUGAGAGGUGUAUACAGUGAUGCGGUUUGGUUCCAUAUCUGCACAAGGUCACACAAAAUCAGACUGGAUCUCCCACACUUUCUCACUUCAUCCAAAUUACAUUAGAAAGUUGCAUCAAAGACGAACAGUGGUGAAACUAGGUCAGCAGCUGUUGUUGUUGUUGUAAGACUAUGGCAUCAGUGUUAGCUACCUCGUGGAAUAAUACCAGGAAAAGGUAAUAGGGACUCAACUAACGAAGAUUUUGUGUCUGAGCAUACAAACUAAAUGCUCAUUCUUACAUAAUCUUCAAGAACUGCCUUAUAACCGCAGCAAGAAGAAAAUGACACCACUUGUACUCAGAAAUACAUACUGGCUAGUUUGGGGAUCCCAACAUUUGAGCUCUUUCUUAAAGCAAUUGGUGAAGGCUUACAUUUUUAUAUGUAUAUAUACAUGUAUGUCUGCCUUCAGUGGAAAUACUGAAAUUGAAAGAUACCUGUCCAACCAAGGACAUUAUGAGAAAUGUGCCCAAAUAUAUUUGCACCAAGAGAAAAGCCUGGCUUUUCUGUUUGUGUAAAACAGAAUGCUUUAACUGGUUUAAUGGAAAUUGAAGUGUUACCUAAUUUAUUAACUUUUGAAUGCAAUUGUUUUUUCACAUUGUUUUUUUUUUUUUAACUGAGCAAUUUGUAAUUUGAUUUUCUACCCUUGUGUGAGAACAGUCAGUGUGGGUAUAAGGUCACAUAAAGACAUCACAAUAAGUUGAGAUGCAGUAAAGAUGUCCUCAAAAGUUGAGCUGCAGUAAAGAUGUCCCCACAUAUUGAGCUGCAGUAAAGAUGUCCCCACAUGUUGAGCUGCAGUAAAGAUGUCCCCACAUGAAGUGCAGUAAAUGUGUACGCACACGUACUGAAAAGAUGUUCCCACAUGUUUCAAACUUCUUGGAAGACAUGCCUUGAUGUGCUUGAAAGAUGUCCACACAUAUAGUGCUGUACAAAUUGAAUUGUAUUAAAGGAGAAGAAAAAUUAAAAACAUGACACUAGAGGCUGAAAAGAGAACAUUUUUUUUCUAUCUGGUGGUGCCUGCUGCAUAAUUUUGUGAUUUUUCCUCGCCAUACACAUAAAUCCUCAAUAUGGCAGAGCUGGCAUAAAUCGCUGAGUCCAUCUUUAACACCCUGUAAUU